AUGGUGCCAACUGCCACCACCCAAGGUGGCAAAGUACUGGUGCCCCUGUGGUACACGCAGAUAGCUGCGGCCACCUUUGUGUCGCUGAAGAGAGUGGUAGGGUGCAUCCAGGACACCAUGUCCCUCUUCUCCCACUGCAUCGGCAAGGGAAAGACCAGUGUGCUCAUCCUGAGGGAUGCAGGCAUGCUCCUCAUUGAACACACAAGAGUGCAAAUUAAAUACUACCAUGACUUUCUGAACAUGAUGACUGGGAAGGACAUCCUGGAAGAAGCUCUGCUGAGGGUCCCAGGGGUGCUGGACUUGGUGAUACCUCGCACAGCAACCACAGCUUCCCUGAGCCACUCUGGCUGCAUCGUCGUCUUUCCAGAGUUUGAACUGGAGCAUGUCCAUAAACCACUGCCCAGGGACGCCCGCAAGGGCCCAAGGAAGCCCAGUGAUGAAGGCAGGCAAAAGAAAGAAGAGCCUCUGCCACCCCCCAGGCGGGAGGAGGAAGGGAGCCGUCUCCCUUGGCCCCAGAGCCAGCAUCCCUCUGGCAAGCUGUUACUGACACAAGUGAUGGCAGGUGUGCCGCAGGUUGGCUUCCCCUCCCUCCGUGAUGGAAUGCCGCAGGCUUUGCUGGGGGACGCCACCCGCACCCCGAUCGCCGGCGCCCCUGCGUGCCGUGCGGAGGAGCCGAUCUGGGAGCUCCGUGGCAGGGCGGUGGUGCCGGUGACGCUGGGGCCUUGGCUGCGGAUGCUUCAGCUCUGCAAGGUCACGGCCUCGCUGCUCAUCAGCAACGCCCGGGCAGCCUGCAAUGAGGACCUGCUCACGCGAGAGGGGGUCACCUUCUGCGUUAACGUCACCAGGCAGCAGCCCUUCCCUGGCCUCCAGCAGGUCCGGGGCAUACGCGUGCCCGUGUUCGAUGAUCCGGCCGAAGACCUGUAUCGGUAUUUCGAGCAGUGCAGUGAUGCUAUAGAAGAGGCUGUGAAGAGCNGUGGGAAGUGCUUAGUUUACUGUAAAAACGGCCGCAGCCGAUCAGCUGCCAUUUGCACUGCUUAUUUGAUGAGACACCGAAAGCUCCCGCUCAAGGAUGCCUUUGAGACUGUGAAGACUGCCAGACCAGUAGCAGAACCCAAUGCAGGAUUUUGGUCUCAGCUGCAGAGAUACGAACAAGAUUUGCAGAUGCCAAAGCAGUCUGAUCUGCUGAGCAAAGGACUUAAAAAUAGCAAUGUGUGA